AGCUGCUGGAUCAGGAUGGUAUUGUAGAUAAACCGGGUCUGUUUAUACAUGUGUGUCCAUGUCAUGUGUGGAUGUGUGCUGGGUUGAACAGAGAGCUCAUCGUUGAGAAGACUGGAGACCCCUCAGAUGAGUUCUGCAUGCUAAAGGAUGUUUGGCUUCAUGUCACCAUUUGUUGGACAGCCUGAAAUAGCAGCACCACGUUCCCCCUGACCUGUUAGACAGCAGUGGCACUUCAUUGUACCAGGGUGGGCAGCUAGAAGAAGAUGUAUAUACUGAGAUUGCUCUAAUCGUACAGCCAGGGGACAAAAGAGAGAUGGACACAAGGGACGGGGGCGGCGCCUACAACAUUCUGAUGGCGGACGGUGGAAUAGGUAGAUUGGCGCACCACGCAAGAGCGGAGAGUUUAUGCAAGGUGGAAGGUGGUGCCAGUCCUGAGAAAGAGGCGCCCCAGGAAACCUCGGCCUCUUUCGACAGGGAGCAAAUCAUCGUAGAAGUGAACCUCAACAACCAGACGCUGAACGUCUCAAAGGGGUCAGAGGGCAAAAGCAGAGGGCACCAUGAUCAAGAGACUGGCAAAGGUGGCAACGAUGAACAAGAUGACAAACAGAAAGACAAAGACUUUGAGAAUAAGGAGAUGGAAAAUAGUAGCAGAGAUGAGGAGGAGGACGAUGAUGAUGAUGAUGAAGAAAACAACCUUAGCAUUCCAGAGGUGGCUCGAGGCAUCGUAGAACGACCCCGGCGUGGCACAAGAGCAAGCUCCAGAUCUCUGUGCAAAGACCCGAGCGGUGCCACACUGCCGCAGGAGAAGAAGCAGCAGGACAGUCCGGGGCAGAAGGUGAAGCUGGAGGAGAGGCACUUUGCUUGUAGAAAAUGCCCGCGUGUGUUUAACAACCACUGGUACCUGGAGAAACACACCAACGUCACCCACAGCCGCAUGCAGAUCUGCAACCAGUGCGGCAAGCGCUUCAUACUGGAGAGCGAACUGCUGCUGCACCACCAGACCAGCUGUGAGAAGAACAUACAGUGUGUGACGUGUGGAAAGGAGUUUAAGAAGCUCUGGUCGUUGCACGAACACAACAAGGUGGUCCACGGUUAUGCCGAGAAGAAGUUCUCGUGUGAGGUGUGUGAGAAGAAGUUCUACACCAUGGCGCAUGUCAGAAAGCACAUGGUGGCACAUACGAAGGACAUGCCAUUCACGUGUGAGACGUGUGGGAAGUCGUUUAAGCGCAGUAUGUCUCUGAAGGUUCACUCUCUACAGCACUCUGGUGAAAAACCCUUCAGGUGUGAGAACUGUAGUGAACGGUUUCAGUACAAGUACCAGCUUCGAUCUCAUAUGAGCAUCCACAUCGGCCACAAGCAGUUUAUGUGCCAGUGGUGCGGCAAGGACUUUAACAUGAAGCAGUACUUCGACGAGCACAUGAAGACCCACACUGGAGAGAAGCCCUAUAUUUGUGAGAUCUGCGGGAAGAGCUUCACCAGCCGGCCCAACAUGAAGCGACACCGGCGUACCCACACGGGCGAGAAGCCGUACCCGUGUGACGUGUGUGGCCAGCGCUUCCGCUUCUCAAACAUGCUCAAAGCUCACAAGGAGAAGUGCUUUAGGAUAAGCAGUCCUUUAGGAGGUGACACGGGGCUCGUCGUCACCCCCAGACGUGAAGGGUCUCCGCCUCGUUCUCUUCCUGUCCUCCACUCUCUCAGCAGCCUUCCUCCUCCUCCUCUGUUCUCCAACUCCAGUAACGACUGACAGCUCUUGGUAGUAACCUGGAUGCUCUAUUAGUUCUGUUUACUCCAAAGCAGCCGAUCAUGGGAUUUUAUGAACGAUGAGUGACUCCAAAGUGAUGUAGCAGGUUGUUAACAGUGUGUGACACUGUAUAAUCCAUAUAAGCUGUACAAGCAAAGACUUAAUCUCAUAGAGAUAUUUUAUAUUCAACAUUACGCCUCGUACUGCUCUAAAUAGUUCUCAUUUUUGUUUGUUUUAUGAUACAAUAAUAAUAAUACACAGUUUUCUUUUACCCAAAUGCAGUCAUUCAGCCGACGUGUCUCACCAAAAUCCUUUCCAUACAUGUAUGUUA